AUGCAGCAUCCGCAGCUCGCCUCGAUCAUGGAUCUGAGAAGUCCGAAGAAUCCCGGCACUUCCAGCCGAAUUCUCUACGACAUCCCGUGCAAAGUGUGCCAAGACCAUUCUUCCGGCAAGCACUACGGCAUCUUCGCCUGCGACGGAUGUGCUGGAUUUUUCAAGAGAUCAAUCAGGCGCAAUCGUCAGUACGUCUGCAAAGCCAAAGCGGAAGGCGCUUGUCUUGUGGACAAAACGCACCGCAAUCAGUGCCGAGCUUGCCGACUCAGGAAGUGCGUCGAGGCAGGGAUGAACAAAGAUGCCGUCCAGCACGAACGCGGCCCUCGCAACUCAACGAUCCGCCGCCAAAUGUCCAUGUUCUACAAAGAUGGCCCUGGCAGUCCGCCCUUGCUGCUUUCGUCAAACACCUCCUCGCCCAUCCCGGGCGGCACGGCCCUCGACCUGGUCGUCCCGAAGCGGCCCUCGAUGCUGCCUCCGACGCCGCCGACCCCACCGGGCGCCCCCGGCUUCAUGCUGCCGAAAAUUGAGGCGGCCGGGCUGAGCGGCGAGGCCGUUUGCGAAGUGGCCGCUCGGCUGCUCUUCAUGAACGUCAAGUGGGCCCGCUCGCUGCCCGCCUUCACGUCCCUCUCGCUCAAGGACCAGCUGCUGCUGCUCGAGCAGAGUUGGCGCGAGUUGUUCGUCUUGGGCGCCGUCCAGUUUUCGCUGCCCCUCGAGCCCAUGCACGAGGCGGCCGCCGCCCUCGGCGUCACGGCCGCUCUCCAGGUCUUCAUCGACACGCAGAACAAGUUCAGAAUCGUCGGCGUCGACCACAACGAGUACGCGUGCCUCAGAGCCCUCAUCCUCUUCAAAACAGGAAACAAUCCGCCAACGCUACGCGACGUGCCCGCCGUAUCAGUGCUGCAGGACAGCGCCCAGCUGACCCUGAGCAGAUACAUCACCUGCGGCUACCCUGGCCAGCCCUUCAGGUUCGGCAAACUGCUCCUCCUGCUGCCGGCUCUGCGCUCCAUAUCAAACGAGGCGAUCGAAACUUUGUUCUUCAGAAGGACCAUUGGCGACAUUUCCAUCGAGCGGAUCAUUUGCGACAUGUACAAAAACAGCGAGCUCUGA